AACCCGGAAGUUCUGAGGGGAGGGGGCUCGAUCCAGGCCGGCACCGCCGGUCGCUGCCCUUCAGGCCGCCCUGUCCUCCCUCCCGCCUGGUGACAUGCCCCUGCCGAGCCCGCUCCCCCGAAGCGGCUCCUGUGAUCCGGCCGCUCCCUGAGCGCCGCUCGCGCCAUGUCCCUAGCGACCAGCGAGGCGGCCACGGAGGGGGAGCUGGGAGAUGACAGUCUGUCUGCUGUAACCUACGAAUCUGACACAGAGAUGAAACGGAAGAAGAAAACUUCUCAUAAACCCCCAAAGUCACCAAAAUCUCCAUAUAUCUCCAGCACAUACCUGCAUCCUAAAAAGGCUGCAGUUUGGAGGUCCUUGAAGGGAACAGGGAUCAUACACCAUGAGAACCCAAUGGCUAGAACACCAAGGCAGAUGUGGCUAGGAUCUCUGAAGCAAGCAGGUAUGAGCCAGGCCCUGAAAUCAGACUUUGAUGUGACACAUGCACGGACUAACCUUUCCAGCAGCACUCCAGAAUAUCUAAAGGAAGCUCUAGGCAUGAAAAAGCCAAAGCAUGCUCGUUCUUCUAGCAAUGGCUACAUCCCUGGAACACCUGACUACAAAGAAAAGGAAGAUAUGUAUGAUGAGAUUAUUGAACUGAAGAAGACAAUACAGGUUCAGAAAAGUGAGGGGGAUCGGAUGAAAACAAAGAUCCGACGACUGGAGGAGGAGAACAACAGGAAAGAUCGACAAAUUGAGCAGCUGUUGGAUCCUUCCAGGGGCUCUGAUUUUGCCCAGACUUUGGCAGAGAAGAACGAUACUAGAUGGGUAAUCAAUGGGCUGAAGCAGAAGAUUCUCAAGCUGGAACAGCAAUGCAAAGAGAAAGACAACGCUAUCAAUAAAUUCCAGACAGAUGUGAAGACCACUAAUUUGGAAGAGAUGAGGAUUGCUAUGGAGACCUACUAUGAGGAGGUACAUCUGAUUCAUCGUCUCCAAACCCUGCUGGCAAAAUCUGAGGCUGUGGGGAAAAAAUCCCUUCCAGAGAGCAGAGAAUCCCAGAAACGGCUGAAGGUGCUGAAUGCUGCUGUUCUGCGAUUAUCCAAAAACCUCAAAGAGCUGCAGGAUGAAAAUAAGAGCCUGAAAGCAGAUCUAGACCGAGUGCUGAGCAGUUCCCCAGCUUCCACCAAAACAAAAAAUUACAAUGAGUGGAGCAGACAGAGGCUGGUGAGGCGGAUUUCAGAACUGGAAAAAGAAGUGCAUGAGAUGGAGAACAACAGAUUGCAGUCAUCAGCUAAUGGCACAUCACCAUUGCUUGCUCUGCCACCUUCAGCUUCUGUACAGCUGGAUCAGUCAGACACUCAAGAACCUGACCCCCUUGAAGAAUGUGAGCGUCUCCGAGGGCUAGUGAAAAAACUGAAAGGUGAUAGGAGUGCACUUCAAAAUCAACUGGCCAGCAAAUAUUCAGAGGUGAAGCAAUUACAGCAAGCAAAGACUGAAUUGGAGAGGGAACUGCAAAAGCUGCAGGAGAUGGAGAAAGAAAAGAGUGAAAAAGAGGAGACUUUGAGGGAGGAAAUCCAGAGCCUUACACACAAAGUGAGAGAACUGGAGGUGGAACUACAUGAAGACAAGAGACAAACUGCAGAUGAUACCAUGGAAACGCCAAACAAGCCUUCAUUUGCCUGCUUUCAUCAGGGCAAAGAAGACAACAGGAAGGAACAAGCAGCCAAACUCAUCCAGAGCCAGUGGAAGGCAUACAGAAACAAGAAAGAAGAAAUUGCUCUGGAUCAGGCGGCUGUUGUGAUUCAGGCAGCUUUCAGGGGACAUUUAGCUCGGCAGAAAUUGUUAUUGAAUAACACACACAGUCGAAAAUCUCCCGCCAUGCAUAGCCUUGGAAAUAAGGGCCCCAACAUGUCUCACGGGUCCAGCUCUUUGAGCUUGUCUUCUGACUUCAAGGAGGAUGAGGAGGUUGUGACAUUCAUCCAAUCAGUUUUCAGGGCUCACUUAGCACGUAAAGGAGAGCAUGAGGAAAGGUCCUCUGUCUCCAGAGCUUCAAGUGAAAGAACAUUCCCUGCUGUUUCCAAAAGGAAGAAGAAACAAAUCUCAUCAGCACUCAGGAAACCUUUAUCUUCAGCCUUCACAUCAACCUCUCCCGAUGAUGAAGACAGUGAAGUGACCAGUGAAGAAGUUGUGGAGGAAUUUACUGCUGAAGGGGGAGAGAGGAGAUCAAGGGAUCACAAACUUUCCUCCUUGCAGCCCUCUUCUGUGGCAGAGAAGUCGAGCUGUCAAUAAAUCACAGGACUGCUUAAACACACGUGCAAUUUGUGGGGAGUGAAAAGGAAUAUUGCAUUCUAAUGCUGACUGUAACUAAAGAAAAUAUACUUUUUAAAUGCGCCUUCAUUCAGUGUUGAUUGAGCAGGAGUACAAAUAGAUGUCGCAUACAUCAGAAAGCAGUCGCAUGUUUGUAAAUAUUCUGUAAAUAUGUUCGGUAACUUAAUAGAAUUCUUAGGGAGUCCACCCAUUCUCCUGAGUAGAGGGCUAACACUGCAUUUAGUUGCUGCUUGCUAAGGAUGUCAUCCAGGAGUUCUUGAGUCCCUUGUACACCCAAACCACACUUCUAGAUAUAAGAUUUUUAUCACAUUCUCUCCCUCCUCCUCUUUUUUAAAUUAAAAGUCAGUCAGCAUUGUUAUGCUGAAUACUAAUAAGUUAGUUCUUCAUUGCAAUCAGGAGACUGAGACUGUGCUUUAUCUGAGGUUUAUCAUAGUCCAUGCCAGUACUUUCAGCCAAAGAGGAAACUGGAUGGCUGCAGCACAGUGCAGCUGAUUUCAUUUAAUUCCAUCAGUGGAAAUGCUGUCUGCACUAUUUCCAGAGGCAGUUGUUGGGAGCUCUCCAUACCCAAUGCAGUCUGUAGAAUGUCAUUUACACUCCCAUUGGACAGGGUAUUCCUGCUGUUACUGCAGUCACGUGAUAUCAUGAAGGGGAGGGGAGAAAAAAGUUCUCUUGGCCGAAGCUGAAAGAAGACGUUUUCCUUCUUUUUUCUGAAACAGUCACAUAAACUAUGAGAGAGAUUGUCAGCUAGUUAAAAUGGUGGUUGGUCUGUAAAAGUUGCUCAUGUCUAAAAAUUUUAGGUCUUAAACCGUGGUUAAGUGUCAUGGAUAUGCCUGUAGAGACUAGAAAGAGCUCAGGGCUCUGACCGAUUAAGGGGAUAGUGUGUGGUACAUGGCAUGUGCUAGGGCCAAAACUGGACCAAAAUGGCUUCCCAGCCUCUACUCUGUGGGGAGAUGCUUGGAUGGUGAAUAUAAUGGAUAGAAUACUCUCUUAAAAUAGUAGGCAGCAAUAAAGUGCUAUAUAACAAAGCAUUAGGAACCAGAUACAGAGCAGAGAGGCUUUCAUAUUCACUAAGCAGUGAAUCAUUUUAAAAGGCUAUUUGCAGUCAGAUAUUAGCAUCAGCAGACAAGUUCCAGGAUAGAGUGGAGGGAAUAUCUCUCUGAGGCACAGAGUGAGUUCGCGGUAAAGGAGAAACAACUUUGUGUAGGGUGGGAGAAAUCAAAAUGUGUUUGGAGGGAGACUAAUUUAAAGUUUGAAAUCUGAGCUGUCAAAAAAUGAUGUUCCCUUGAGUACUGCACUCCUGCUCACCUCUUAGUUUGGAAAGUAACUGCACUCAUUUUAUAUCAGAGCCCUGACAUGAUAUGGGCAGAAAGGAAAAAGCUACAAUAUCAGUAGCUUUUAUUGUUGCUUUAUUUUAUUUUAUUUAUUAAAGGAAUACAUUGAAAGCAAUAUAUAAAUACCGACUAACAUUGCGAGCUUUAUUUUAUUCCUAUAUGUCUUUGAGUGUCAGUAACAAAAAGCUGAGAGGAGGCUUGAAGGAAGAAAUACUCAAAGUAGAUCACAACCCUACAUCCUCUUUCUCCCCGCAAACCCACCAUGGAGACCAGGAAAUGAAAAUCAGCAUAGCUCAGACCUGUCUAGACACAGUUCCUAUAAAAAUUCAUUCAAGUCCUGAGAAAUAAAUGUUUGCUGCAGAAGGCACUGAUAACCUCGUAAGGGCUUCAAGGCCUGAAUUAAAAUUAAACUCCAUUAUAACCUAUCUAAUCUAAUUGCAAAUUUUCCAUUUUGCUGUUGUAGAAGUGCUCUCUGUGCCAGUGUUGCCCAUUUUAAAUCUAUUGGAUGACAAAAUGGACAUUAGUGUGUGUGUGAGUGCGUUUGUGUGUGUUUUAGUCAGAAUACAACUUUCUUGAGACUACAUCUCCUCCAUUUUCUUCUUGGUCCUGAAGUGCCUAUGCUUGUAAAUACAUUUUAAACGUGGCAUCUAGGCCUGAUAUGUUUAUUGUGUUCUGCAAAGAAUUAAAAAAACAAUUCCAGACAAAAUCAGUUUUGAAUGUAGAUUAAAUGUAUUAACCUUGGAACACUAGGAAGAGCAAAUAUAUGUUAUGAUCUUUUAAAUAUUUUAUUUAGAACUGUGCAAAUGUUGUACAUAAUUUAUACGGAGAUCUUUUGGAUUUAAAAUCAAUUGCUAUAUAUUAUCCUCUAAUUAUUGAACUUUAUAAAUAAAGUUUA